GUUUACUAACUAAUGUUAGAGAAAGAUGCGAGGUUCAACAAGGUUGGAUGGCAAUACCCAAUUCUUAUAAAUUGUUCAAAAUUGUAUCAAUAAUUGAAUCAAAUCAACGAAGAAAUGGAAUCCAGAGAUUCCCCACUUUACACCACAGUAGCAAAGCCAGUUGCAAAGAUAAACAGAGCCUAUGGAUGCGUAUAUUUUUGUGCAAUUCUGGGGCUUCUAUAUUAUCGUAUCAAGUACAUGCCAAAAGAAGGAUAUGCAAUAUGGAUGUUGGUGUUUUGUGCAGAGCUAGGCUUGGCCUUCCAGUGGGUAUUAGAGAUGAGCUUCAGGUUGUGGCCAGUCGAUCGAUUUACUUAUCCAGAAAGACUCUCUGAGAGGUUUGAGAGGGAGCUACCUCCCAUUGAUGUAUUUAUAUGCACGGCUGACCAUGUUAAAGAACCUCCACUGGAUGUUUCAAACACUGUAUUGUCUACUCUGGCUUUUAAUUAUCCAGUAGAAAAAUUGACAUGUUAUGUAUCGGAUGAUGGAGGAUCCCCACUCACCUUUUAUGCUCUGUUGGAAGCUUCACGUUUUGCAAAGAUAUGGGUUCCUUUUUGCCAUAAGUAUUCCAUUCAGCAGCGAUGCCCAAAUGCAUAUUUUUCUGAAUAUUAUGUCAAUGAAAAUGAUAACUUCCCCUUCAUUACAGAAUGGGAAAAUGUCAAGAAAUUGUACGAGGAGAUGAAAUAUCGUAUAAAUAGCACUGUAGAGAGAGGCACUGUUCCAGAACAUCAAUGCAAAGAACACAAUGGCUUCAAAGAAUGGAAACCGGAGAUGACUCCACGAGACCACCCGAGUAUAGUUCAGGUUUUGCUGGAAAGGGGCAACGACAUUAACGUUGAGGGCCAUGAUUUGCCCAGACUUGUUUAUGUGUCCCGUGAAAAGAGACCUGGACACCCCCAUAAUUUCAAGGCCGGUGCACUUAAUGUUCUUAUUAGAAUCUCUGCUCUAAUGAGUAAUGCUCCCUUCAUUCUUACUCUGGACUGUGACAUGUAUGCCAACAACUGUGAUGCCCUUCGAGAAGCCAUGUGCUUUUUCAUGGAUUCUCGAACUGGGCACCAGUUUGCCUAUGUCCAGUUUCCUCAAAGGUUUCAUGGCGUUACCAAGAACGAUCUGUAUGCCAAUAAUCUCAGGAAGUAUUACAAUAUAUUUUAUAAAGGAAUGGAUGGAAUUUAUGGCACACUAUGCAAUGGCACCGGAUGCGUUCACCGCAGGGAUGUCUUAUGUGGAAGUGAGCGAAAACACAGCUCUUCAAAUUUAAUCAAAGAGCUUAUUAAUUCAUCAAUUUUAAUCAUGGAAAAAGCAGCUCCAUCGAAGAGAUUGGACGAGGCGAAAGAGCUUGCCAUGUGCGGCUAUGAGGAGAACACCCAAUGGGGGAAAAAGGUUGGCAUGCUCUACGAUUGUGCAGUGGAAGAUAUUUUGACAGGGUUUUCUAUACUCUGCAGAGGAUGGAAAUCUGUUUACUGCUCUCCGAAAAGAGAUGCUUUUGUGGGGUGUGCGCCUGUUAAUCUGAAUGAUACUUUGAUCCAACAUAAAAGAUGGACAACAGGUCUACUAGAGAUUUUUGUUAGCAAAUAUUGUCCAUUCACUUAUGGUAUACGCCAUUCGAAACUGGCGCUGAACAUGGGUUACAGCUAUUACCUUCUAUGGGCUCCGUUUUCUUUACCUUGCACCUGCUACGGUUUAGUACCGACCUUAUGCAUGAUCACUGGCCUACCGGUAUUUCCUCAGAUUUCAGAUCCAUGGUUUCUCCUAUUUCUAUUUUUGCCAGCAUGUGCAUAUGCAUACAGUGCUCUAGAGUUUAUAUAUGUGGGAGGGGGCUCUUUAAAAUCUUGGUGGAAUGAUCAAAGGAUGUGGAUGAUAAAAGGUGUAUCAUCCUAUCUGUUUGCGCUCAUUCAAGUAGUCUGUAAAUUACUUGGAAUAUCCAAAGUGGGUUUCGAGGUGACAAGCAAAGUGUUUGAUAGCGAAGCAGCCAAACGAUAUGAGGCAGAGAUUUUUGAGUUUGGGGUUUCUUCUGCAUUGCUUAUACCUUUUUCUAUCAUAGCACUGAUAAAUCUGAUGGCAUUAAUGUGUGGAAUUGUAGGCGUUGUGAGAGAAGGUUAUUCAGCCAUGGCGGGUAUGUUUCUGCAGGUGAUGAUAUCAAGCUUCAUAGUAAUAAAUUGCCAUCCGAUAUAUGAGGGUAUGUUUGUAAGGAAAGAUAAGGGAAGCAUGCCCACGUCUAUCACCAUAUUCUCCACACUGGCCGCGGCCCUAGCCUGUUCGACAGCUUUGGUCCUAUCCUUGACUUCUAAAAGUUCGAUUUAAAAAAAAUGGUUUCUCAAGUUUAAGAUAAAGUUUUACGUGUGAUUAAUAAUGGCAAGUCUUAUAAUAGAUGGAACAUGGUAUGCAACAGUAAACACAGUAACUGAACAUGAUUUGUGAAUCUAUUAUCCAUUCAGGUAAGAAGACUGUGAAUGAUGCUAUAAGCUGAGACAAAUAUUCAUGUUAGCAAUCUAAAAACUAUUCAUUUUGUA